AUGGGGGUCAAGACUAACAAGCAAGAAUACUUCGAGAAGUUGAAGGGUCUCCUCGAAGGCUACAAGAGUAUCUUCAUCGUUACCGUCGACAAUGUCUCUUCCCAGCAGAUGCACGAGAUUCGUCACUCCUUGAGAGGCCAGGGUGUUGUCCUUAUGGGCAAGAACACCAUGGUCCGUCGUGCCCUCCGUAUCUUGAUGGCCGACCGCCCCGAGUACGAGCGUCUUCUUCCCCACGUCAAGGGCAAUGUUGGUUUCGUUUUCACCAACGAAGACCUCAAGGUCAUUCGUGAGAAGAUCUUCGCCAACAAGGUCGCUGCCCCCGCUCGUGCCGGUGCCGUUGCCCCCGGAGACGUCUACGUCCCUGCCGGUAACACUGGUAUGGAACCCGGAAAGACCUCCUUCUUCCAGGCUCUCGGUAUCCCAACCAAGAUUGCCCGUGGUACCAUUGAAAUCACCAACGACCUCAAGCUUGUCGAGGCUGGUUCAAAGGUCGGAGCUUCCGAGGCUACCUUGUUGAACAUGUUGAGCAUCUCCCCCUUCACCUAUGGAAUGGGUAUUGCCCAGGUUUACGACCAGGGUCAGGUUUUCGCCUCUUCCGUCCUGGAUAUUGAGGAGAGCCAGCUUAUCAAGAGUUUCUUGUCUGCUGUCAACACCAUUGCCACCAUCUCUUUGGCAGCCAACUACCCAACUCUUCCCUCAGUUGCCCACUCCCUUGUCAACAGCUACAAGAAGCUUAUCGCUGUUGCUCUUGAAACCGAGUACUCCUGGGAGGCGAUUGAUGAGCUCAAGGACCGCAUUGCCAACCCUGAUGCGUACGCUGCUGCUGCUCCUGCCGCCGCUGCCGCUUCUUCCAGCGAUGCCCCUGCCGCCGCCAAGGCUGAUGAGCCCGAGGAGGAGGCUGAGGAGUCUGAUGAGGGUGGUUUCGGUGAUCUGUUCGACUAA